GUGCCUGCCAGCAGAGACAAAAUCCCCGCGUGAACAGAGCAGCUCCGCUUCCUUCCCAAGAUAGAAAUGGCUUCCACCUUCAACCCCCGGGAAUGUAAGCUGUCCAAACAAGAAGGGCAAAGCUAUGGCUUCUUCCUGAGAAUUGAGAAGGACACCGCAGGUCACCUGGUUCGGGUGAUUGAGAAGGGUAGCCCAGCAGAGAAGGCUGGCCUCCAGGAUGGAGACAGAGUUCUUAGGGUCAAUGGUGUUUUUGUGGACAAGGAAGAACAUAUGCAGGUUGUGGAUCUGGUCAGAAAGAGCGGGAAUUCAGUGACCUUACUAGUUCUGGAAGGGGAUUCCUAUGAGAAAGCAAUGAAAAUGCAGGCAGACUUGGAAGAGUUGGGUCAAAGUCAGAAGGAGCAAGAUUUGAAUGAGAAGAAACCGUCCCCUGUGACAAAUAGAGGAAUGCAGACUUGGACCCAGGCACGGCUCUGCUACCUGGUGAAGGAGGGGAACAGCUAUGGCUUCUCUAUGAAGACUGUCCACGGUAAAAAGGGGGUAUACCUGACUGAUAUCACACCCCAAGGUGUGGCCAUGAAAGCUGGGGUGCUGCCUGAUGAUCACUUGAUUGAAGUGAAUGGAGAGAAUGUAGAAGACGCCAGCCAUGAGGAAGUGGUUGAGAAGGUGAAGAAGUCAGGAAGCCGUGUCAUGUUCCUGCUGGUGGACAAAGAAACUGACAAGUGCUAUAGUGAGCAGAAGAUACAAUUCAAAAGGGAAACUGCCAAUUUGAAACUGUUACCCCACCAGCCACGAGUUGUGGAGAUGAAGAAGGGAAGUGAUGGCUAUGGUUUCUAUCUGAGGGCAGGCCCAGAAGCCAAAGGUCAAAUCAUCAAGGACAUAGAUCCUGGAAGUCCAGCAGAGCAGGCUGGCUUGAAGAACAAUGACCUGGUAGUUGCUGUCAACGGCGAGUCUGUGGAAACUCUGGAUCAUGACAGUGUUGUGGAAAUGAUUAAAAAGGGUGGAGAUCAGACUUCACUGCUGGUAGUGGACAAAGAGACGGACAACAUAUAUAAACUGGCUCGUUUUUCUCCAUUUCUCUACUAUCAAAGUCAAGAACUGCCUAAUGGCUCUGUCAAGGAGGAUCCAGCUCCUAGUCCUGCUUCUCUGGAGGUCUCAAGUCCAGAUACUACAGAAGAAGUAGAUCAUAAGCCUAAACUUUGCAUGCUGGUUAAAGGUGAAAAUGGCUAUGGCUUUCACUUAAAUGCCAUUCAGGGUCUUCCAGGCCCGUUCGUCAAAGAGGUACAGAAGGGCGGCCCUGCUGACUUGGCUGGGCUGGAGGAUGAGGAUAUCAUCAUCGAAGUGAAUGGGGUGAACGUGCUGGGUGAACCCUAUGAGGCGGUGGUGGACAGAAUCCAGAGCAGUGGGAAGAAUGUCACACUUCUAGUCUGUGGAAAGAAGGCCUAUGAUUAUUUCCAAGCUAAGAAAAUCCCCAUUGUUUCCUCCAUGGCUGAUCCACUGGAUGCCCCCCCAGAUUCAAAAGAAGGAACACUGGUGGAAUCAGAGCAUGACUCGCACGUGGCAAAAGAUCGAGCGCACAGUACAGCUUCACAUUCUUCUUCCAAUUCUGAAGAUACAGAGAUGUGAUGAGAACAAAUAAUGGCUUUGGCUGAUAGCUGUUUCUGGGUAUUUAACAAGGGGCUGCCACCUGUUUGCUGUCUGUUAGAGGAAUAACUCCUCUGGAAACCAUUUAUCAUGUGCGAUUGUCUUCUGUUUUCCAUUUCUUAGGGGUGGGUGGUUAUUGCAGAUGGCUUAUUUAUGGUUCACUUAGAAGAGCUAAGGCAGGAGCCAGAUUCUUUUCUUGUGAUCUCUUCCAAGGUUCAACUUAACUACAUUUCUCUGUAUUAUGAGGCUCCUUGAGACCAAAGAUGAUUUGUAAAUCUGUAUAUGUGAGAGCUGCUAAUUAAAGACUUACACUUAUGCUUUUGUAAUACUGUUGUGGUUGCUGG